ACAAAAAUUCGAAGUCGCAUUGCCUCAACUACAAUUUCUAAAGGCAUCUCUAUGGCUCAAGCAGAAAUCUUAAAUUCGUCGAAUCAGACUGGAUUGGAAUAGGCAGAAAAUAUCCAGCCAAGGAUGCACCGGUUGAUGCCAAAGCCAAAGCGGCCAUGGUUCCGUCCUCCUGGCAGGAACACACAACCCCACCAUCUCACCUCUCAGUUACCAAGUUUCUCGCACUAUCCCUUCCACCAAAAUCUUCAGCAUUCAUCCCGGAGCAAUGUGGUGGCGAAAUCGAGCUUAAUAAUGAAGAUUUGAAAGUUUUCGAGACACUACAAAAGGCUCAAAGUUCCUCUCAAAAUGCCUCUCUCUUAGAUGCGGAUAUCUAGUUAUGAAAGAAUUUUAUGUUGGGUGUUGUAGGCAGAAAAAACGAGAUUUUUUGUAUCUAUUCCAUGUUUGUUCGCCAGUCCGGACAAAAUUGGACGAAGUUUUCAAAGUUUU